GCUAUAAUAAAAGAUACAAGUUUAGAUAACUGAUUGGUGUUAUGACGUUUGAUUCAUAACUACUAGAAUAGAAGGAGCGACUCCACACAGUCGCAGAAAUACCGCGCGAGGCGCGAGUGACGGCGCGUUCUUUAUUUAAAUUUGUUUUUUUUUUUGUUUUUAUUAUCUAAAUGCAAACGUGUAAAGAGUUAAGUGAAUAAGUUGUGUUAUUAGAUUGGUGUAAUUUGUCUCCCGCGAAGAUCAAAUUGUACAAAUUAGGACGGGCGGCAGUCGGUCGCUCAGUUCGCGGCUGUAGCUAUGUGGUUCGUUGCUCUGUUCCUGUGUUUGGUCGCUGGCAGUCGACAACUGUCGGUGAGCGAGUUCACGGUGCCUCGUUCCGUGGCAGCCGGCGAGGAGGCGCGGCUGACCUGCCGCUACGAGCUAGCCCCGGGCGAGACGGAGCAGGCGUUGUACGUCAAGUGGUGGUGGGCGCCCAUCAAUGCCAGCGAUUCCCGCGCCCAGCUCUACCAGCGCAUCAUGGGACACAAGCCUACCGCGCUGAGGCAUAACAUACGUGUGGAGGCGUUCGACUCUAUCGUGAUCACGGGCGCGGCGCCGCCGGACUCCGGCCGCUACGAGUGCGAGGUCUCCAACGCCUUCGACGAGAUCCGCAAACACGACGACCUCAUCGUCUACACGAGCGGCAGCGGACCAGAGCUCAACGUCACGCUGGCUGAGGAUGACGAUGACGGCGACGGUGACGGCAACGCUGACGGUGACGGUGAUAGUGAACGCAACGUGGUGUUGUCGUGCACCGCCACCGACGUCGCGCCCGAGCCCGACCUCGUGUUUACUGUCGAUGGCCAGCCAUUGGACACCAACCACAAGGAGGUGACGUGGUCGCCUUCCGAGAAUGUUUACGACGUGGUCGCUAACGCGAGCGUGUCGGCGGCGCGGGCGGCGGGCGCGACGCUGGCGUGCGAGCUCGUGUAUACGGACGCGCGAGUGACACACCCGCAGUAUGUGCAUACCGUGCCCUUCCAGCUUGACACCGAGACGACCACGGAGUACCCGCUAGAAACGACCACCGCCGACGCCACGGCUAUGCCCUUAGAGAACCAAGGUGAUGGUGCGACCGGGCUAACUGCGUUUUCCUUUCUCGUGCUGGCGGCCCUUCAAAUAGCGAUGCUAGUUGUAAACUAAGUACUCUAACUUGUGAUAAAUUACCUACUAUAUUUUAUAUUUCAUGUUAAUAUUUAUAUUUCAUGUCGACGCAUAGUGUGUGGUCAGGUCUGUACAGAGAGCUGCUCAAAAAGCUGGGAAGAAAUGGAUAUAGUAAAAUUCCUUGAAUUAAAAGUCGAUGAACAUAGAGAUAUCUGAAUUUUGCUACUUCAAGUUAUCUGAAAAUAGUGGCGGCCCUAGGGGGGUGGCGCACAGGGCAACCGUCCAUGGCCUCGCCCUGCAAGAGCGAGGCCACUGCAAGAGGUAUUUUUUUACCCAAGGUAUUUUUUCGUAAGACAAUGGGCCUCGCAAAGACCUUCCGCCCGGGGGCCGGGGCCCGGGGCCCGGGGCAAUGGGUAAGGCCGCCACUGUCUGAAAACUACUGCUACUGAUUGUACGUGAAUUGUGAAGUUAUUGUACCUGUUUCUAAUAAUAAAAUAAGUAUAUUAUUUAUUUAAUAAAUGCUUUAACCAAAAA